AUGAAUAAUAAACUAGAAAAAUUAGUGCAAAAUUUAUUUAAAGAAGGAGUUAUUAGAUCUGAAAUUGUGAAAUAGGUUUUCUUGUCUGUAGAUCGUAUAUAAUUUGUAGAUGAAUCAGAUAAAAUGUAUGCAUAUGAAGAUUAUCCUUUAUAAAUUGGUUUUAAUGCUACAAUAUCAGCUCCUCAUAUGCAUGCUUAUUCUUUAGUAUAUUAUAAUUUAAUAUAGGAAUUACUUAAAGAUCAUCUAUAAAAUGGAGUAAGAGCCCUUGAUAUUGGUUCAGGCAGUGGAUAUUUAUGUGCUGCAAUGUUUUUAAUGAUGAAAUCAUAAUAAUCGAAAGUAAUUGGAGUGGAACAUGUUCCAGAGUUAGUUGAAAAAUCUCUUAAAAAUUUAAACAUGUAAAUUGAAAUUACAAUUCAUAGCUCCUAUAAUUAAUAGUUAAAGGAUAAGCAGAUUUAAAUUAUAAAAGGAGAUGGAAGAUUAGGAUAUGAAUAAGAAGGUCCUUAUCAAGCAAUACAUGUUGGUGCAGCAGCAGAAACUAUACCUUAAAAAUUGUUAGAUUAAUUGGAUAAAGGAGGCAGAAUGGUCAUUCCAGUUGGAAAAGGAAAUCAAGUUUUCUAAGUUAUCGAUAAAGAUGCAAAUGGAAAACUUAAUAUCUAAAAUGUCUUAGGAGUUAGAUAUGUUCCUUUAACAGAUUUAAAAAAAUAAUUGAAUAAUUGAUAUAUAAUAAAAUCGAC